AUGGCACAGCCGGCAGGGCAGACACUUCCCGCGCCGUUCCCAGUCGAGAUGCCGCCAAUACAGGCACGACAACAUAUGAACAUAGCCAGCCUCCGCAGACUUCCCGAGGUGCCCGACAUGGACAUGGUCGAUGUUAACCGCAUCCUCAAAAGCUACACCUCGAUUCCCCGUGGCGAGUGCAACAAAGCCGAGGGCGCCUUCAAAACUACCCGGUUCCGGCACUGGCUCACCACCCCAACAUCGCGAGAACUACUCGUGCUCCGGGAGUUCCACAGUCCCAGCAUGCACACUAUCACCGCCUUCUCGCUAAUGUGCGCCACCCUUGCACAGGCCAUGCGUGCACAACAGAGCCAGUACAUCUCGCUCGUCCUUUUCUGCGGCAGCCACGUUGGUGAUUAUGGUGACGACGACGACGAUCAGACGAUGAAAGGGGAGGGUGAUCGAAAGAGGAACAAGCCAGCUGUAGGCCGACGUGCCAUAGCACGCAGCUUCAUCGCUCAACUCCUCCGGCAACACCCGUUUGACACAGUCCUGGCACGCGAGGAACACAAUCUCUCGGACGGAAACGCCUGGUACUGUGACCAGACCAGGCAGGGCAACAUGCGCCAACUCUGCGUCCCUGCUGGAGUUGCUCAUCCGGCGGCUACCACCGCACGCGGUGGUCGUUUGUAUCAUCGACGGCAUCUCGCACUACGAGAUGGAUGA